AUGCGUUACAAGUCGUGGCCCUUUUAUGCUGAUUGGCUUGAAGUUUUCGGAAAAGAUAGGGCAACUGGUGAGGGGGCGAUGGGUUUUGCGGAUGCGGUCACUGGAGUCUUACACAACAACUCAGAGCCAAUACCUCCCCCUACUACACCGCAAGACGUGCCUACGUAUUCAUUUGAUCCUCUACAUCAAAUCCCAAUGGAGUGUUCCUCGACACAAGUUGGUGAAACUAGUGCAUCGAGCAAGGGAAAACGCCAAAUGAAAAGAAAACGUGGAGUCGAAGUAGAGGAUCAGAUUGUGGGUUUGUUGUCCUCGUUAUGUGAAAACGCCGCAGACCGUCUUACUGAAAUGGCUAAAGGAGCCGGUUUCCAACAUGCCGCAAAGGAGCAACGUAUGGCAGUGUAUGAGGCGCUAUCGAAAAUACCUCAUUUGACUACCAGCCAAAGAGUGGCCGUCUCUAGGUAUUUUUGCAAAAACAAUGAGGAGCUUGAUCUUUUCUUUAGUCUCGAUGAUGAUGAGGCUAAGAUCGAUAUGGUGCAUCAAAUUUUACAAGAUAUGUAUGGUAAAUCUUAA